UGUGGCUUGCAACAUUAGCACUUGUCUUUCCACGCCGAGAUUGCAUGGAAGAUCUGUCAGUGUGAGGCUCUUCAUCUCGUCCCAUCCUACAAAAGCCUCACCUCAGAUUUUAGACCAGACCCAAGCUUGUAAGCAAACGGUCAACGCAUAGCUGCAUUCAAUAGAUCUGCAGGAGAUUUGCUGAAGGCAUUUGCGUCUGUGCACUUUACCAACCCUCAAGAGGCAGCAGAAUUUGCGUCUGUGCACUCUAGCAACCCUCAAGAGGCAGCAGCAGCAGCAGGAGCAGGAGCACCAAUUACUCAUUAGAGUCAUCACUACCACCACCACCACCAUCCUCAUCAUCACCAUCAUGGCAGCCAUGAAAACCUCUCCGUUCCUUUGCGUCACUCUUAUUCUUCUGACAGCGCUCUUCCGCUUACCAACAUCAUCAGCAAUGGCAAAAAACCCGGACUCGGAUAUCCUCUCCCCACCACAGCCGCUAUCGAAUCUCGACAGCUCGGAGAAGCAUGUGCACAUGGAGAGUUUAACGACAUCUGCUCCUUCCAGUCCCAGUUUUGUAUCUGGUGUUCAUGAAGACAUACUCCCACCGGUACCUGCCAUCGAAGUAGAGCUCGAUCCUGCAGGGUUCAAGCUUCCCAGGAAGCUGAUGAACGCCAAGAGGUCAAGCAGCUUCACGUUAGUUUUCCAGAAGCUGCCCAGGUCCUCAGAGGUGCCACCUCAAGGGCCGUCUCCAAUCCACAACUGAGCGAAAGCUAGCUAGUCACACGCAGGGUAGCUGUAAGACACAAUCCACAAGAGUCAUCGAAGGACGAAAGACUGUCGAAUGCGAAUGCAAUCACCAGAUGCGCGUUGAACAUCAAAUUUAAGGCCAGUGCACUCUGAACAAUUGCUUGUUCAAUUUUGCUAGUGCAGAAGUGGCCCGACAGACAGCCCUGGCCUGGGCAUGGGCUACAAGGCCAGGGAACGCAGCAGUACAGUACAAGUCUGCCAACAAUGGAGAGCUCCGAGGGGAGAACAACUGACAGCUGACGAAUGUCUGGAUGCGGCACAGGGAAUCCAGUGCCUGUCCAUGUGACAUUGACAGUGUGGAUGGAUCUGACUCAACGUUUUCUUCGUGCAAUGUCUCGAUCUUGCCACAUAUGGAUUUUCAGGUUCAAUCACCGCCGGGUGCGAGACUGAGGGCCAUGAGGAGUCGCCUUCUCCAGGUCUCCAUCCUCUCUUUCUCUCUCUUCCGCCCUCGCCCCCAUCACAAUAUCUCUACGCUAAGGUAGCUGCCGAGAUGUGGAUAUCAAAGUUUUAAUUGAUCUCAUCAUCAUCAUCAUCUCUCUGGAAUUUCAUCAAGAGCAUAUCCAGGCAAAAGCUCAGAAGUUCCUUCACAACCACCAAAACAGAAGCUCCUACUACAACGGGAAGGCCAAAGAUGAAGAGAAGGAAGAGAGGAGCAUGACAGUGGCGUCUCCGUAGGGUCUCCAUCGCAGUGCAGGCAAAGAAGCUCGGAAUCAGUAGUCUGCAACUUUUAAUGAGAUUAGUUUUAGCGUCUGACAGCAACGGCAGCGAUGAAGCUGCUCAUACGAUUCUGAAAGUAGAGGAAACGGAUGCCGAAGCAGAGAACGUGAUCCGAGCAGUUGGUAAUACGCGAUGAGGGAGAACCUAGGAGAUGGGGAGAUGAGGGGUUUAGCAGCAUGUUGCACCUUCAAGUGUACAUUGGAUAGAGAAGCAGCAGCAGCUAGAGGCAUACAAAGAACCUGCCGACAUGGUCCAGAACAGGCGAUAGCUUGGUCGAUUGCGAUCAGUGUGUAAUCGUUUCCCUGUACAAUCUGCAAAUGGGAAAUUAUACGCAGCUGUAAAUUGCAGAUGGCCGUCCUGAAAAAAAGCAGCUAUGCGUUUGUAACAACCUUUAUAAUAAAUCGCAGAAAGCGCAGUUUAUUCGACACACUAAGUUUCAUUUGACGCAUGUUUGUGGUCAUUGUAGAUCAGCUCUACAUCUCUGAAGAUGUGAU